CUUAUGCCAAGCCUUCCCAAAUCAUAGAAGGAGACCGGGUAUAUCUCAAAGCUACUCCUAAGGUGGGGUUGAGCAAAAAGGUGCAGCCUUUAUAUUCUGGACCAUAUAGGGUAAUAGAAAAAAUCAAUGAUGUUGUAUUAAAAAUUAAGAGGAUUGCUGAUGGGAAAGAACGCAAAGAACACGUAGAUAGGUUGAAAUUAGAAAAGUCAUUAGUAAGGGGCCAGGCCCAUAAUAUAGAUAAAGCAUACCCAACAGAAGAAAAAAUUGAAGAAUUUGAGGAUGACAAUAGUUUGGAAACUUUGGAAGUUCCAGAGAAAUAUGUGGAUUUGAGAAAAAAAGGAAAACAUGGUGCAUAUUAUUUACGGAGUCGGAAGUAGAAGAAUACAAAGGAGAACAGAUAAGAUAAUAACCAGGGGUUAUAUAUUAAAAUAUACAUACAAUUUCAGAUUGUGGGGAUGACCACAGCCAGGAUGGAGUCCGAAGACUCCCUUGCUCGUUCUGGACUGGUUUUUGUUCCCUAUUCUAAGAUUGUGGGGAUGACCACAGCCAGGAUGGAGUCCGAAGACUCCCUUGCUCGUUCUGGACUGGUUUUUGUUCCCUAUUCUAAGGUAACUUAUACAUCGACAGUACAGAUCGUUCCUGUCAAGAUAAAACAGGGAGAGUUUUUAGAUCCCUUUUUGAAGAUUGGACAAAAGUUAAAAGAGACUGAGGAUAGUUUUAAAAAACUUGGAUUAUCUGAGAUGAACUAUGGAGAGACAAAUCGUAAGCCAGAAAAAAAUGAAAGAAUUGUGAUUGCCGACACAAUUGUCACAAUAAUUGACAAUAUGAGAAAGAAUAUAGACAAUCAUAUGACAACAAUUCGAGAUUUUUUUAGGUCAGUUCAUCAAGGACGACAGAAGCGUUCUCUCUGGGAGGGACUAAAUUUGGUUAGCAAUGUUGCAGGAUUGAUAAUGGGAGGGGUAACUAAUCAUCGUAUAGAUAUGUUGCACACCCAAAUCAUGGAAUCUGAUAAGUUAGCACAAAGAGCUAUUGAAAUGGCUGGGGUCACCACUAGCCUGUUAGACACUGUCAUUAUUCGGGAGAAUGAAAUAGCGAGGGCACUGGAGAGAAUGGAUGAAGCUAUUGGUGUCAUAGAUGUAGUGGUCACUGACUUGGGUCGGCGGUUGCAACUAUUAGAGAAGAUAUUUUUGUGUAGUUCUGUCCUGGAGAACUACCAGGCUAUUCUCCGAGGAGUAGAGGAAAACCAAAAUUUAAUUUUGGGAGGGUUACGGGAAGCAAACAUUUACAUUACCCACCGGAAUCAAAAUUGCCUUAAAAGUCAAUAUAGUAUGAGAAAAUUCUAG